AUGUCGCGGCCACACGCCAUUAUGAAACCUCUGUGGUAUGUGCCGAUCUCACUUAUAAGAAAACGCUCAUAUUUCGGAGUAUUAUACUUUCUCAUCAUUGCUAUGUUUGGUGUUUUGCACUGGAACAUAAAAACUGACCAAGAAAAAUUGUUAAAUGAUAUUUACAAGGCCAAAUCGGAAGUCGAGGCCCUAAAUGAAAAGGAGCGUGAUGUGCAGUCAGUGUUAAGAACAAUACAUUCAUGGAAUACAACGAGACAUCAAAGUCUGGUGUUGAUAGACGACAGGAAAUACCCUUUGUACGCAAGAAAGCGUUCGUCUUUAGACAGAGAAGGAGCGAAGGAGAACACAGAUCGAGAUAAUAAUGUAAGUAUUCUAACUAAUGGGAGUUUUGGUUAUAACAACAUGACUAAGACUCACAACAAGACAGCAAGUCUGAAAUCUUUAACCUUUAAGCACACGGAUCUCUACAAAGUGAAGUCUAACGCCAAAAAAAAGCAACAAGAAUUGGUGAAUUUACUUGUCAGUCGUUUGUUGCAGCUCGCUAACGAAGGCAAGAAGAAGUCAGAAAAACGUUAUAAUGAAUGGCUUCCAUUUAAUGCCUCGCAAUACCCUCAAACAAUAAACGCUAAAAACUUGCUGCAGCCUUCAGUCGACAAUGAAGAUAUCCCUACACACCCUAUCAAUAAGUGGAAAUACACACCAGUAAUCAAUCCCUUUGCCAAAUGUAAAAGCAGCCGAAGUGGUGUAUUCUUGCUGUUCAUUGUUAAAACCAAACCAGAAAAUUUUGUCAAAAGAAAGACCAUACGAGAAACAUGGGCCGACGAACUUAGAUUUCCGAACAUUCGUACCGUGUUUUCCAUCGGAAUACCUCGGGAUUCGAAUACUAUCAAACAAAUAAAACAAGAGUUCUUGAAAUACAAAGACGUCCUUCUGAUGGAUUACAUGGACACUUACAAAAAUCUUACAUUAAAGACAACCAGUGGCAUCAACUGGGCGGUGGCACAUUGUAAUGUGGCCGAAUUUGUGGUGUCUGUUGAUGAUGAUAUGUAUGUGGCUACCGACUUCCUCAUACAACACCUAAAGGACAUGCCACAAGCAGAGAGUGAGAGGCUCUAUCAUGGACACCUUUACCACAACACAGAACCAGUCCGAUACGGGAAGAAAGACGCUUGGGAAAGUAAGUGGAUUGUCACGAGGGAGGAAUACCCGUUCGAUACCUACCCGGAUUACAUAUUCGGGGGAUUUGUUGUGAUGUCUAUGAGGACGGUGUUGGAGAUGAGUUUGGCCAUUCCUUACACACAACCCAUCAGCAUGGAGGAUGUUUACCUUGGUAUAGUGGCCAGUCGUCUCGGUAUUGUGGCAACAAACACCGAUCUGGUGGAUAAUUAUGGCACAUAUUCAAAUGUAAAGAAAUUCAAAACUCUCAUCGCCUCUCAUUACUACCCGAGUGCUGUUUUGCUCAGGAAAGCUUGGGAAUGGCAUUUAUCAAUUGUGAAAAACGAUAUACAUAAGUCAGAAUUUAGUCGUUAUUUAAAGAUCGAGUUAGAACAAUUAAAGAAAAAAGUAGAUGAUAUAUUGUAUUGGAUAAAUAUUACGGAUAAUCGAGGACCAUAUGGAAGAUUAGCCGUUGGCUAA